CCGGAGAAGUCACUCGAGGACACCCCAGAAGGAAGCCCAAAGUGGUGGCAAGCCAAAGGCUGCGGUGCGAGGCCGCCCUCCGCUGUCUUAGUGGAAACUUCUGGAACCCUCGCGGAUGAAGAAGAUUUACCAAAAUGUGCAAGGGUUCCAGGAUGUGGAGAUCCUGUCCCUGAGGAGUGGCAGCAUCGUGGUGGACUAUUUGGUGCUGCUAAAGUUGCCCUUCAGUGGCCAGCUGGAGAACGAGUACGAGGAGGUGAGGGAGGCGCUGCAGCAGGAGCUCAAGAACGUCAGCCAGAACCAGGACAGCUGCCAGAAUAACCAGUCCCUGUGUUUUAAGCCUGACUCCAUCAAGGUGAACAACAACUCCAAGACCGAGCUGACCCCGGAAGCCAUCUGUCGCCGCGCGGCUGCCCAGGGUUAUGAGGAUUUCUAUUUCCCCUUGGUGGAGGCGAACCGGCUCCGCUGCGUCACUAAAUGCACGUCGGGCGUGAAGGAUGCCAUCGACUGUAACCAAGGCCAGUGCCUUCUGGAAAGGAGCGGUCCUGUUUGCCGAUGCUUUUCCACGGACACUCACUGGUUUUCUGGCUCGCGUUGCGAGGUGGCAGUCGCCUGGAAGGCUCUGGUCGGGGGCCUGGCGGGGGCUGCGGCGCUGCUGUUGCUGCUGGUGGCGCUCAGCGUCUUCUUCCUGCGCUCCCAGAGGAGGCGCGGCCAAAGCAGAGGCUGGUCCUGGGAAGACGACGACAGGAAAUGGUUCGAGAUGUGGGAUGAGAACACCGUGGGGACUUUUACAAACUUGGGCUUCCAGGACGAGAAAACAGGCACAGGGCCACAGGAGCCCCCGAGCCUUGCCUAA